AUGGAUGAUCUCCAACGUAUCCUCCACCAAGCCCGGGGUUUGGUGGUCAGCGCAGGUCGGGACCUCGACGCCCUGCAGGCCCAGCUGGGCGGGCAGGAGGGGGCCAUCCCUCUGCAUCCUGGCGUGGUGAAUUUGCAGGCCACGGUCCAACAAAGGCAUGAGGCCGCCGCCCAACUCUUCUUGAGCGGCUUCGAUCUCUUUUCCCAGAAGCUCGGCGAGCUCGAUUGCAAGGCGUCGACCCUGGGAAACGUCUUUGCGAAGGAUAAGGAGCUGAACACGAUCCAAAAGACGAUGCGGCGGUACUUCGACGGCCAGCAGAGGCUGCGGGUGGCCGAGGAGGCGGAUCUUCACCGGCUUCUGACGAUGGCGGCCAUCAAACAGCACCAUUUGGCCGACGCGGCGGCGGAUUUGUCUGCGGCGCAUUUCGCGGAGCGCGUCCGGCGGCGAGUGCUGUCCGUUUGGCUGAAAAAAUGGAUGCGGCGUAGCCAAGUUCGCGCCGAACACACCCACCAGGACGCCUUACGGCGCUCGCACGGCGAUCUUGCGCGGCGCUUUCUUCUGGAAGCCCAGGAGGCGCAUCUCAAGCGAACGGCAUGGCAACGGUGGUCGAAAAGUCUCCACAAACGAAACGAAACCGUCCUCCUGGAUGAGAUCCAUUCGCUAAAGCGGACGGCCGAGGGUCUAGUCCACGACUUUCAAGGCAAAGCGCAUGCGCAAAUGCGGUGCUCCGCACACGCCCAGUCCCAGCUACGCGCGCUUUUCGAGGAUGAGAUCGGCCGGUUAAAACAGACUUUGGAGGCGAUGACGGGCGAAUUCAGCGCGCGGACGUGCACUUAUGUCCGCCAACAAGAGGAAACCGAGCAAUUCUUUCGCCUCCGGGAGGAUAGUCUGAGGGGGGCGUUAAACGCCGCCAGCUCCGAUGCCGAAUCCUCGGCACGUCGCGUGGCGCAGUCCUUUCAGAGCAUGCAAAAUGUCGGAGCGCUACUGACCGUCGCGCUCGGCGCCUUUUUCGAUUAUGCCGCCCAAAAAGCGGACCUCUUCCUGAGUGUCUUUUUGAGAAUGCAGGGCGACCUUCUCGCCCAGUACGCCACCUCACGCCAGGAGGCCUCUAGGCUUCUGGACGACGUCAGGCUUCUCGCCCCACUCAGCGAGCAGGUGGUUUGCCUUCAAGGGGACCUGUCGAGAUCGCUCGCGCUUCUGAAAACUUCUCAAAGCGAAACCCGACGGCUGCGGGGGGAGCUCGCCACGGCCCACGCGAAGGCCCUGGCGCUCGACGAGGCCGAGGGGCGGCUUUCGAUCGAAAAGCAGGAAUCCCUCUCGCGCGGGAGGCUCUGGCAGAAGAACGCACGGACUUGGGGGCGGGAAAUGGAUUGGCAAAGUCGGCAACUUCUGCAAAUAACUGCCGCUUACGAGGAAUGGCAGCGGCGUUAUGUGGCGGAAACCGCCGCGCGCGUGGGGCAGGAUCGGGCGCAUUACGUCAUGCUUUCUCAACUACUUCAAAAUAGGGGGGUUCAGCGACUUGCUUCUCAGGCUUUGGGGCUUUGGAGGGGCUACGCUUUCCGCCGCAGCUCCGAGCACGGCGAGGGUGUUCAUCGCCUGGCCCGGCAGGACGAUUUGGACGCUUCGUCCCACCUGAUGAUCUCUCAACUACAACAACUUCAGGAUGAAAGCAGGGCUGAAAUGAUGCAGCUACACACCGAACAUCUACAAACUCUGGAGCGUGGCAGAUUUAUGCAAGAAAAGAUGGUAUUUCUCAACAACAUGCACAAUAAAGAGCUUGCCCUUGUGAAUGCCGAACAUCUAAAAAUCAAACAGACCCAUACUAUCCUCAAGAAGGAACACGAGACAUGUAAAAAACGGUUGGGGAGGGCAAGCGGGUUGUUGGUGAAGUAUUGCGCUGCGGAUAAGUUCGCGCGAUGGAAGGCUUGGGCCUGCGGAUCGCUCAACCAACGUCUUCAACGACAAUACCAGGAGCUUCUUUGGGCUGCAUCCCAUUGGCAAGACUCACUCCUUCACAACGCGCAGUUUUUCUACCAAAAACGGGAAGCGCUUUUAUUUGAUUCGAUGGCAAACUUAUUAGUGGUAUCCAGCUCGCAGGGUAGAAAGUUGUAUAGCGAACUCUCAGUGCGCGUUGAUAGUCUGAAUUUAUGCAAUGAAGAAACGGAAGCGAGGCUCCAGAACCUGGAGUCUCAACGACAUCAGCUAGAAAUACAGUUAACCUCGGAGGAGGCGCAUUCUGGCAAACUGAAAAAUGAACUAAUAGAGAUUAACAAAACCUAUGAGGACUAUGUUUCUGUGCAGUCUAGCUGGGAUAGUUUUUUUUCUCAUGGGCACCGCCUUGUGGAGAUUCAUCUAGAAGAAGUAAUCACUACUUUUUUGACAGCCAGCGGCACCCAUUGGGGCGCACUUCGUCCGAAGGCCGGGAUGGUGUCUUCUACAAUGCUCAGUAAUGCCCCUAUCGAGGCUGAUGAGAAGACUAUCGAUACGUCGGCCCCACAACGGUCCUCGUGUAUUGAGAAGGUGCAGGAGUUUUCGGAGGCAGAGGGGGGCAUGGGGGUACACACAAUAGAUUCAACACCUGGAAAUUUUGGGAACGUCUUGCAAGCAACUCAAAUAGGCGCAGUAGAUGGUAAUCAGCGUGGUGUUCCUCCUUUGAUUAUCUUAUCGAAUGACGUUAGAAAGACCACCAAUUCAUUUGUUAAAUCUCCUGAUAAAGUUCAGAAGUGGGCCUUUGCUCCCGCUGAGUUGAUGGAACCUCCUUGCACGGUCAGAGUACAAGACAUACCUGAGAGUAAUAAAGAUACAGAAGAAAUUUACGUUGUGCCUUCGCAAAAUGUGGUGAAUUCUAUGGAAAGACAAACCGCUAUAUCAUUGGGCGAUACGCCCAUUGGGAAUAACCAAAAAGAGUUGAUGCCCCAUUUGCCAUCUCCGAUUCAUGCAGAACGCUUUGACAUGAGAGAAUGUUACGAGUGCUCUAAGGACAUUGAUGAAAAGUGUGAGGCUGGCUUUCAAACACAGUGCGAAUCGCUCAGUAUGGGUGAAGAUAGCUUUCAGGAACCAAUUGCUGUCCUGCAGGACGCUGUAAACACCUUAAUGUCGCUCCUUUCCCGAGUCGAAGGGCUGGAUGACGUCAAUUCCUCUUUACCACUUUCACGUCCAACUGAUCCUUGCGUAGCUGUAAAACAGACUGACAAUCCUCAGCAGUGUCUGUAUGCUGAUACUCAGGCCCCUUUACCAAAGGAGAAUGUCUCUCAGAAGGGAAGCCCCGAUAUCAAGGAUAGUUAUUUUUGUGGAAACAAGGUUUCUACUGAAAAGGUCGCAUCUAUGGAUCGCAUCCACCAAACCAAGGGGCUUGUUGGACAGGCCAAGUCUAAACUUUCUGAUGUAAUGGAGUUUGAUACUAACAAGACAUUGUAUGAAGCACAAGCUGAAACUCAGUGUAAUGAGAGGAUGGUUCUUGAGGCUUCAGUUUCUGGACCAAACGCAAAUCAGGGUCGACUACAGGAAAGGAUGGGAGAUCUGCUGCUGUGUGAACAAGAUGUUGGGAACACCCCGAUUCGACUCCACUUUAGAACAGAGACUGCUGCUUUUCAAAAGGGAAUACCCAUGAACAAAGGGACUUCCCACAUUGAAAGUACAGUUCUAAAGCGACAGCUCGAUACAAUGUUGACUCAGAUCAUUGAGGUGGGAGCGCUGGUGCGACGAAUUUUCCAUACAACUAUAGAUAAAUUGAGGGAUAAAACUGAAUUUAUGCAUGGCGAGAUUCAGCGAAUACAACAUGCUGGUGCAGAAGAAACCCAAAAUGCAUUGACUACUCUUAAAGCGUCGCUCGAGAUGCGCUUCCAAAUUCAGCUGAUCUCCCUGCAAGAGCGAAUCCAACAGCUAGAGCUCGAAAAGGGCUAUUUUGAGAGCCGGGAUAUUCAAAUCAUGGAGGGCUCCACUGACCUCCUUAGCGAAGUCCAACGCGGCAUGGUUAGGUUGGCUUCACAAUAUCAAAUCUCUAUCGAGGCGUUAAAAAUGUAUCACCACUCUCACCGCGACGAUCUCAAAGGGGAGGUUUACCUUUUCAGAAAGCUUACGGCGUAUGGCUUACAAGUUUGUUCGCAUUGCUUUAUCCUAUCACACGGGUACGCUGAGGCCUGUUCUGAAAAGGUUGAUGGUUUAACUGAGUCUUUUUUGAGUGUGUGUGAAGAGGGAUCUCAGAGUCGAGGUAGUCCUUUGAGGAUGUUGCGUUCGACGGAUUCAAACACACCGAUUAGAUUGCUGCUAGACAUGAUUCCAAAACACUGGGCGGCGUGUGCUGAGCUCCAUGAAGAGUGCCUUAAGAAAAAGUACAGAGUAUUCACAGAUGGUAUCACUUUUCUGAUGCAAGGGUGCUGGGAAAAAUGUGACUUAUUUAUUGAGCAGACCAAAGCAAUAGCAUUAUCGGAUAUGGAAGCCUUAGAGACCGAGAAUAUUCAGCUGCACGAGAAGUUGGCUUGUUUGGAAGCCCAAACUCAAUGUUUAUCCCAAGUGUGCACAGGUGAGGAUGGGCAUACCCGCUCAGAGGAGGCAUAUGCACAAACUGGUGUAGAGAAAUGUGAUGCCGAACAGCGGAGCAGCGACGUGGGAUCACAAGGGGCAGUGCUCCCACCAUCACAAGAGACCGCUAUAGGAAAGACUACAUCGGACUAUUCCACAGGUAAUGAAGAAAACCCUUCACCAAGUCAUCCAAUUCCUCACAACACCAUUAGUGAAAAGGAAGAAAAUUUACCCACAUCCAGCAGGUCGAACUCAGGGGAUGCCGAAGUUACUCCGAACCAAGGGUCUAUGACGAAUUCUUAUUGCCAUAGCCCCUUUACUUAUUCACCUUCACAUGUGAAGGAUAUUUCUUUAGAGUCAUUAGAGCUUUCUUUAGGUAUUUCACGGUACUCAAAUAUGCUGAGCGAGCAGACUUCACGAAAUGAGGAGCGUUUAGGUUAUGUGGAUUCACUUUCCGCCGAGUUGGAGGACCUUACGACGCAAGGGCAUCGCGUUUGGAACUUAGCAAAGAGGGAACACCUCACUCCAAAACGACGCAAACACGGAGGUAGAAAGCCUCAUUCUUAA